AUGGUGGCGGAGGGGAGUGCGAUGAUGUCUGCGGACGAACUGCAUAAUGGGCUAGAAUUUCUCCUACAUCCAGUUGACAGAUUCCCGCUGACAGAAGUCACUGCUGAUGUUGAGCAGCCAGAUCCACCGGCGCUCAUGGACGUCCGGCGGUCAGCGCCGCCUACUGCCGACUCUUCUUGUGCCGUUGUGGUUGGCCACCUCGGUGUCUCCUCUGGGCAUAACAGAUCUGCUGGCAAGAGGCCGCUUUCACCAACCAAAUCCGCCGAGUCCACUAGGAAGGUUAACCCCGAGGCACCAGGAUGGACAAGAAGGCUGCGAAUUGGGCGCGCUCCUCUGGACAGAGUGCCAUGUGCCGGUAGAGUUACUCCUUUGGAAGAAACCAUAAGGAGAUAUGCUGACAAACCUUCGGAAAAUGUAGUAAAACCAAAGAUUGGGAUGAGUUUUGAUUCCCUCGGCGAAGCGUAUGAUUUCUAUAACCUAUAUUCUUGGGAGCUUGGGUUUCAAAUACGAAAUGGCAAGAGUCGUUUAAAUGUCGAAAGGACUAAAUGUAUGCAAGAGAUUGUCUGCGGAUGCUCCGUCAGCACUUCAAAACUCACAUAA